AUGGAACGGACAACGACACCCAACGAAGAAUCAGGAGGGAGAAAGCAUGGGGUUGAGUUCUCGUUCUCCCUCGAUGCUCCAGAUAACACAAGGGCUUCAACAUCUUGCAGGGAUUCUCUGAUUCAAUCCGAAGAACUCGUACACCGGAUUCCAUCUUCCGCAGAAGCAGAAGAUCGACCCAGAUUAGGCCAGCCAUCGGUUCUCGACAACCAUUUCCCAUCACCCAGCAUCCCACCUCCAGGGACAGGGGAGAGAUCCGUCUGGGGAAAGAUAAUCCAGAACCAUGGCGAUUAUCCGGACUCCCCUCAAAUAGCCUCUGAUUCUGGGUACUCGGACCAUAUCUCUGUCGAAGACCGGGACCGUUAUCCCCCCACGCCAGGCCAUCCGCGACCGCCGAUCACUGCCAAAAAGAUCGCCAACUGGAUGAGGAGCUCAUAUAUAACAUCUGCCCAAGACCAACACGACUUCCUACCUUGCGAAAAACUGCGCGAAAUCAUCAGCCCAGAUGUACUUCGCACGCUCUUCCGGGGAACGUUCGACUACAAUGACUCGGCAAUAGAGGUCUUGAUAAGUAAAGUUCUUGGUCAACAAAACACACUGGGAAAUCAGCCUCAGCUCUCACGGCACAAAAUCAUUGCGAUCCUUGUCUUAAUGGACAAGAUAGCCCUCAUUGAGGAUUUCAUACGAGGAGAUAUCAAGGACGAUGACCUACCACUAAAGAUCAAGAGAACCAAAGUCAAGAACUUCGAAGUCACGGUGCGACUUUGCAAGAAGUGGGAAACAGACCCUUCAGACGGUUCUAAGUCUGUCGAGCAUCUAGAGUCUCUGGAGUGCCUGGACUCUUGGUCUUUCAACGAUAUGGAAGACUUUGAGGCCCGACAGACGACAAUAUGCACUCCCUUCUUCGAACUGCCGGGAGACAAACUUCGCUUUUACAACCUCAGAGACCGGCCUACCCUUCCCUUUCUAGAAUAUGCUCAACCCCAGGUACAAGAAGGUGCUAGCCGACACUUCGCAGUCAAGGAGCUCCAUAGCGUCACGGAGGCAGCAUAUCGCGAAGAGAUAGAAUUAUUCGAGAAGAUUGGAGUGCGGGGCCCAGCCCAAGAUCCGAGGCAUUUACUCCAGCUCCAAUUCAGUUACCUACACGGCGACCACUACUUCCUCGUUUUCCCCUGGGCCGACGGAAACCUCCGAGAAUUCUGGCGGAAAAAUCACAGCUUCAAGCCCGGCAUUAGAGACCAUGUUCUUUGGUUCUUCAAACAAUGCAAAGGACUAGUGGGAGCUCUACACAAGAUACACCACUACACUAGCAUGUCAAACCCCAAGGCGAACAUCAAAGCCAGGAUAGACGAUCUGAAACAAGGUAAGAAGCUCAAAGACUGGGGACGACACGGAGACAUCAAGCCCGAGAACAUUCUUUGGUUUCAACAAUACGAAAACAUGACGGACUUCUUAGUGAUUUCCGACUUUGGGCUUACGAGGUUCAAUACCACGAAAUCGAGGUCAAAGGUGCCUCAAGAUGCCAUUGCUGGCUAUUCUGGCACAUAUAGACCCCCCGAACUUGAUCUCGGGACAUCUAUAUCGCCGAAAUAUGACAUAUGGUCCUUGGGGUGUGUUUUUCUUGAGUUCGUUUCUUGGUUCAUCCUGGGAGAUACCAAGACGCGGGACGACUUUACAGAUCAACGCCUCCGAAGCGAGGAGAACACUAAUCUCAAAGAAGACAAGUUUUUCGUACUCGGCGAGGCCUCAGAUUCUAUCCGAUAUCGCGAAGCAAAGGUCAAACCUUCCGUCGUUAGUUGGAUCGCUGAACUCCAUGCACAGAAAAGAUGUACGGAGCCGCUGCAUGAGCUUCUGGACUUUAUCGAAUUUGGAAUGUUGCAACCCGACCCGAAAGAUCGAUCAGCAUGUGGACAGAUCACGAGAGAAAUUACGUGCCUAUUGGACAGGUGCAAACGAGAGCCCGAAUAUGCUACACGAGGCAAAGCCGGGACGCGAAACCCAGCAAGAUUUCAAUCCUCCGAAAGGACAGCCCAAGCUGUAAAUUACAUGCACUUACGGACCCUCAAGCAUUCCGACGAGAUUCAAGCCCCUGCAGAGGAAGAUCUUCUCUAUGGGAUUUCGCCAGCAAGCUCGAAAGAGCCGACAGAUAUUUUCACUUCUCCCACACUAGUGUCGAAUGUCAGCGGUACGGAGGGCUUACCAAGUCGCCUCUAUACGACUAGUCCGCCGUAUCAAGGUAUGAACGGGGGACUUUUCGGAUCUGGCUCACAGUUCGACGGACUUUAG